AGAUUCUCAAAUAAUUAAACACACGAUGACAUCGAUGAAAUUCUAAGAAUCGGAUUAUAAAUGUCCAGCCGUCGUUAUUCCAUUUCGUGUAUGACAACGUGAUUGUGUAGCGACUACGAUGUCGCUCCAUGAGACGCCAUCAAAUAUCAGAUUAUUCGAGACAUCCACACUGAAAUCGAUAGCGGCAUCAACAAUUAAAACAUUAAAAAACAGCGGUAGCACUGCCAAACAAAGUCCUGCAUACAAUCGGCCAACAACUCAUUACCAACAAAAUUUUCUCUUUGGAAAAGCCAGGCAACAGCAGCAACGCCAUCCACAGCAGCAUCAGCAACAGUACCAGUAUCCCGAACAGAAUGAAACAACAUUUGCACUGGUCUCUCAAAAUGCAAACAAUGCAACAGCCACCUUAACAACAGCGUCGACAACAACAACACGACCAACAAUAGAUGAGAAUCUAGUGGCAACAUCACAACGUCAACAGCCUGCAAUAUCCAUGUUAACCAAUGCUGCCAAUGAAGCCUCAUCGCACACCAGCAUAGCAACAUCAAUUCCUCUACCGCCAUCAACCUUAUCUUUGCCAUUAUCGUCGUCGUCAUCAUCAUCAUCAACGUCCAUGCUAACAACGUCAAAUUCAUCGGCUACAUUUCCUCAUGACUUAACAUUGGCAUCAUCCUCCUCCUCGACAUCCACAUCUCCGUCCUCAUCCUCGGAAUCAUCGGGCACAAGCGCCCUAUCAACCCCCACAUUUUCAUCGCCAACUGUUUUCAACGAUUCGGUAAAAACGUUAACUUCCGCUCUCACAACGGGUACAUUCAACGAUGCCGCCGAUGCAGCAACCUCCUCCUUUCCCCUGUCCGCCACCAACAAUGCCUUAGAUGAGAAUUUAUUUUCCACUCCUUACAGUUAUCUCGAUGGCUACAGUAGCAGCAACAGCAUCACGGCGACCACCAUCACCAACACAGACGCCAUUCCCACCACCACCACCAGCACCUCCCUCAUUAGCGGCGCCAUUAUGAACAAUAGCAGCUACUUUGGCUCGCCAUUCAAUCUAAGCCUUUCGGAGAAUUCCACAACGACAUCACUGCUGUCCUCGAUGGCCUCUAUUACCAGCGAUGUCAGUAUCGCCGAUGACAGCGACAGCGAUAAUUGGAUGGACCUUUCGGUAGUCAUUCUGAAAGGCUUUAUAUUCUUCUCAAUUAUUCUAGCAGCCGUUCUUGGAAAUGCGUUGGUUAUAAUUUCCGUUCAGCGUAAUCGUAAAUUGCGGGUCAUCACAAAUUACUUUGUCGUGUCGUUGGCCAUGGCGGAUAUGCUGGUUGCCCUCUGUGCCAUGACAUUUAAUGCGUCUGUGGAGCUGUCCGGUGGCAAAUGGAUGUUCGGUCCGUUCAUGUGUAAUGUUUACAACAGUCUGGAUGUUUACUUUUCGACAGCCAGUAUUUUGCAUUUGUGUUGCAUCUCGGUGGACAGAUACUAUGCCAUUGUCCGGCCACUGGAAUAUCCAUUGAAUAUGACACACAAAACGGUUUGUUUUAUGCUGGCCAACGUUUGGAUACUGCCUGCCCUCAUAUCGUUUACGCCAAUAUUUUUGGGUUGGUACACAACGGCCGAACAUUUAGAGGAAAUUUCCCAAAAUCCCGAUCAAUGUUCCUUUGUGGUGAACAAGGCGUAUGCCCUCAUCUCCAGUUCGGUUAGUUUUUGGAUACCGGGCAUUGUGAUGUUGGUUAUGUAUUUUCGAAUAUACAAAGAAGCGGUCAGACAACGGAAGGCCUUAAGUCGCACCAGUUCCAAUAUUUUGCUGAAUAGUGUACACAUGGGCCACACCCAGCAGCCCACCAAUCUGAACUAUUUGCAUCCCAGUGAAUGUGAAUUAACCCUAACGAGAGAAGAGACUCAUAGUGCCAUAAGUCAUUUUGAGGAGAUACCACAAACCGAUGACGAUGACAAGGAUGAAUGCGAUGAGUUACGGGUGCCCUCACCACCACCCAGACGUCUCAGCCGUAGUAGUAUUGAUUUACGUGAUCUCGAACAGGAACGUUAUGAAAAGGUGACCCACACCGACAGCGCCCCCUCCAUGAUAGCAUUGCACUAUGCCGCCACCACGGGCAAUAAUGCAACGCAACAACAACAGCAGCAGCAAUUACAAGUGCCCUGCGCCAAUAAGGAUCUCAUCAAUUAUAAUCCGCAAAUUUGGCAGGAUAUGAAAAAUGAUUCUCCAUUACAGCAAAGCAUUGCCAUACCCAUACCCAGGGUGAAUGGCAACGGCAAGCAAUUUACAAAUGCCUCAGCCUCCAGCCGGGAAUCGCUCAAGAGGCAGGAUUCAAAUUUCUACAGAAACUCUGGUUGUGAUUCCGAUCAAUACCACAGCAUAUUUGGUGGUAGUGGGGGUAGCAGUGGCGGUGAGUAUGGCGUUGGUCGUGGUGGUAUCCUCAACUCAGAUGACAGCGAGAGCAACGAUUAUUUAAUAAAAUUAAAACAAACUGCCGCUCCAGCAACCCUCAUACCUCUAUCCGAGGAUAAUAAAGAGCUUAAACGUCUCAUCGAAGAUAAUUAUUUGUAUUAUAAACGGCAAGCGGGUCAGCUGCAAAAAGCCAGUGAUAACCAACAGCAGCAACAACAACAACAAAACAAAGAAUCCUUUUCAGGCAAUAAAUACCCAGCCCUGAGUGAGACUGAUUUUAUACGCAUGAAAAAUGGUGAAAAUCGCCAGCGCAGCCAAGCAGGAUCGUCGGCCACAAAGAAAUCCUUUGCCGCCAGUGACUCAGAGUUCCUCAAAAACUAUGGAGAUUUGAAAGGCAAGAAGACGGCCAAACAUUUGGAUUCCCUCAAGGAGGGCUCCGUCAACUCCACACCCAAAGAGGAAAGCAGCAAGGGCUUCAACUUGAAAUCUCUGCUGGCCAAGACCAAACGUUCCAGUACCGAAUGUUUUUCGCUGGAAAAGAAACGACAUCAAGCCAAUUCGGAAGAAAUCAAGCCAAGUCGUUCUCAGCUUUUCAAAAGGUCCCGCAAUCGUAAACUCUCUCACAGCUACAACGGGGGGCUGCUUAAGGAACGGAAACAUGACAUGCGUUCCCGGCAACACAGUGACACAGAUUCGGAUGUUUAUUUGCCCAGGCUGUUUGGUGAUAGCAUUGAUUCCACCAGUCGCUACAAUACCCCUGAUAUUCUACUCGAUAUCAAUGUUCUCAAUGAGCAUUCCGAGCAAAUGGACGAAAGUCAACCCAAGCAGGAGGGGGCAAAUGAUAGUCCACCCAGCAGACAUGCCACCCAUUUCCAAUUGAUCGACUUGGGCGCCAACACCGUACAAGAAGUGGGACCCGAUGAUUUGUCUUUUCUCAAAGACAUUACCUCCAACGACUCGCCGUUACUACCCUCCACCCCACCACCCUCCUUGUCCCCUUCUUCUCUCAUGGAUGCCUCCAUACCGGAAGCCCUAAAGUCCGACACUAACUCCACCAUACCCGAGAAAUCCCAGAGUUCUCAAAAAUCCAGUUCCGAGUUGGUAGAGCUUUUUCGUUCUCUGAGUUUUCCCUCCACCGAACAAUCGUUUCACAAAGAAUCACCGGAAAAAUCCCAAAAAUCCACUGAUGCCAGUCACACACUGCGCAAGGAGUCGAUAAAGCAGCGCAUGAGCACGCUAAGUGAUCAGAUUUUGGUGAACAAGAACAGCAGUAACUUCCUGAUGUCACCGCCCAUAACACCGAACUUCAAUUCGGCCAUUAACUUACCCGUUAGCCGCAGUCCCAAUACCUUGGGCCACUCACCUUUCUCGGCCACACCCAGUCUGGGCGGCAAUAGCAUAAAUGUCUAUUUCCUAUCGCCACCACCCACCGCCACGGCCCAACCCGCAUUUCCUGCACUUACCAGCUCGCCAUCGGCAACAAAUCACAAUUUCAUUGUGAGCGAUACCUCAACGGUGUCCUUGGAUGUCUUUACCACACUGGCCAAUAACCCCACCCCAACGCAACAGCAACAGCAGCAUCAACAACAACUCGAACCUCCCUCACACGGCCACGUACAACCAACGAAUCUCUCACCCAAACCGGAAAUUAUUUUAGAUUCCACACUGUCGCCCACCACAAUGCAGCGUUCUGCCAAUGGUGGCAAUGGUCUGAGCGGCAGUGGCGGUUCUUUAACAGGAGAGGAGAAAGACUUAGCAUCACCUUUGUAUCAACGUCCUGACAGCGAACCGGAAACAACACUCACGACUACCUCUGUUAGUGGUGGUGGACGCAAACGUAGCUCUCUACUGACCGGAUACGAAGGCAUCCAAACGGUACGCAAACGUCAGGCCUCUGUGGUCACCUACGAUGUGAAUGUCAUCAAUUUUUCGCAGGACAACAGCGACAGUCGGAGUUAUAUACCGAUGGGUCGUGUCUCGACUAGUUCGGCAAAAUUUGAUCCUGAUUUCUCAAGUAAAUCGUCGUUGAAACGACGCGGUGGCAUUUGCAUUUUUGUCGACGAGGAGGAAGUCGAACAAAUGCUUGACCACAAUGUGGCCACACAGCAUCACCACAAUGGCGGUGUCGAUGGUGUCAGUGGUGGUGGUAGUGGCGGUGGUAGUGGCGGUGGCGUUGGUGGUGAUGGCAGAGUCACCAAGUGUCUUACCUUCAGUGUCAAUAGUAUGACCAGGGGUGGUGAACGCACCAAAUGCCUCUAUUGUGGAGCUGCUUUGAAAGCUCAACACCAAGCGGAAAAUAGCAAGCGAAACGAUAAGCAAACGCGUCACAAAACAAAGACAAUGGCACAAAGGUUAAGCUUCUGGCACAGAAAUCGAUGGUUGUACCGUAACCGAAAGCAACGAAACCCGGCCGGAUGUCAGUGUGGGGCAAAUGGUGGUUCCGUGAGACCCACAAAAGGUUGGAAGGCCGAACAUAAGGCGGCACGUACACUCGGUAUUAUCAUGGGUGUCUUUCUGUUGUGUUGGCUGCCAUUUUUUCUCUGGUACGUGAUAACAUCCCUGUGCGGUCCUGCAUGCCCCUGUCCCGAUGUUGUGGUGGCCGUACUCUUUUGGAUUGGUUACUUUAAUUCAACGCUUAAUCCUCUCAUUUAUGCUUAUUUUAAUCGUGAUUUUCGAGAAGCAUUUCGCAAUACACUGGAAUGUGUUCUGCCGUGCCUGGAGAAACGUAAUCCCUACAAUGCUUAUUAUGUUUAGCGGCUGUAAGAAGCGGGUUACACCAGAGGAAGCAGGCGACGUGCAACAUGUUGGUGGUUAUCUUGUCAUCGAAUACACAAAACAAAAGGGUCUUUUGCCCCCCUUUGCUGGAGAUAAACGCAACAAUGUUCAAGUUACGUUACGUUACGCACACACACACUCACAAACGCUCACUUACAUUGGCCACAAACUUAUUGGUUAUAUGUUAGGUGAUACCUUUUGAUAAUGAAAUAAACGAUGAAGUGGAAAGCUGCAUUCCAAUGACAACGUCGACAACCAACCCCAACCACAACCUCCAACACCUCUACCAUCAUCAUUGCCAUCAUCAGUUACUCAAACAUACGUAUGAAACCAA